CCUUCCACGCGUUUCGUCUCUUCUAUAUCACACGAUUUACUUGAUUUCGACUUGUUGUUUCUUCUUCCCUAUUACUGUGCGAAUUUUGAUUUGCAGGAUUCAAAGAUGUUGGAAGAUCAGGUAGCGUACUUGCUACAAAGGUAUUUGGGGAACUAUGUGAGGGGAUUGAAUAAGGAAGCUCUUAAGAUCAGUGUUUGGCAAGGAGAUGUAGAGCUGAAAAAUAUGCAACUUAAACCAGAAGCACUUAAUGCUUUGAAAUUACCUGUGAGGGUUAAAGCUGGAUUUCUUGGAUCAGUGAAACUCAAGGUACCAUGGACCAGGCUUGGACAGGAGCCUGUAGUGGUUUAUCUUGACCGAAUAUUUGUAUUAGCGGAACCCGCAACUGAUGUUGAAAGACGUAGUGAAGAUUCUAUCCAGGAGGCAAAAAGAAAUCUAAUACGGGAAAUGGAAACGAAACUAGUAGAAAGAGCUCGUCGACUGCAGACUGAAAUGAACAAAUCAUGGAUGGGAUCAUUAGUCAACACAAUAGUUGGAAAUUUGAAGCUGUCAAUAUCAAAUAUUCACAUAAGAUACGAGGAUCUAGAGAGCAAUCCUGGCCACCCGUUCUCAGCUGGUGUUACACUAGAGAAACUCUCAGCUGUAACCAUUGAUGAGAGUGGAAAGGAGACUUUUAUUACUGGUGGGACUCUGGAGUCCAUCCACAAGUCUGUUGAACUUGAUCGGCUUGCAUUCUAUCUUGAUUCUGACAUCUCUACAUGGCAUAUUGACAAACCAUGGGAGGUUUUAACUCCUUUUGAGUGGGAUCAGAUUUUUAGAUUUGGCACAAAGGAUGGUAAGCCAGCUGACUGCCUCACGAGAAAGCAUUUCUAUAUUCUGCAACCUGUCUCAGGGAAUGCGAAGUACUCUAAGUCUCAAGCAAACGAAUCUUCCAAUACUGCUCAACCGUUGCAGAAGGCAUAUGUAAACUUAGAUGAUGUGACACUUUGUUUAUCAAAGGGAGGAUACAGGGAUGUCAUGAAACUUGCUGAUAAUUUUGCUGCGUUUAAUCAGCGUUUGAAAUAUGCACAUUACCGUCCAUCUGUUCCAGUGAAAAUCGAUGCAAAAUCUUGGUGGAAAUAUGCUUACAGAGUUGUUUCAGAACAAAUUAAGAUAGCAAGCGGGAGAAUGUCAUGGGAGCAUGUUUUAAAGUACACUCGUCUACGGAAGAGAUACAUUACCCAUUAUGCUUCGUUGCUGAAAUCUGAUAUCAGUAGAAUAGUUGUUGAUGAUGAUGAAGAAAUCGAGGCCCUUGAUCGGGAACUUGAUUCCGAAGUGAUUUUGCAAUGGAGGUAAGAUAUAAUAAUAGUAA